AUGGGUUUAGGGGGGUUUUAUAUGCUCGUAAGCAGCUGUCUGACUCUGCUUGGGAAGGGAGCAUCCGAUUCUGAACCCCCGAAAUACGCCUACCUCGUCGGGGUAGGGGUAACCCACUCCAUCGCCCCCCCGAUGCACAACUACUCCUUCCACGCAAUCAACUACGACUGGACAUUCAUCGCCCAGGAAUGUCCCACCAUCGAAGACGCAAUGGCCCUCUUCCGCCAGCCCACCUUCGCCGGGGGUGUGGUGACCAUGCCGUACAAACGCACCAUCAUGGAUCAUCUCGACGGAUUGGAUGAAUACGCUACGCGGUUACAGGCGUGCAAUAACGUCUACCGAGCAGCGGAUGGAUCGCUCCGAGGAACGAAUACCGAUUGGCGAGGGAUCGAAGGCUGUCUACUCGGGGCGAGUGAAGAGGGACGAAACCGACCGGCGGUGAUUGUGGGGGCUGGGGGGGGGCGUGUCCUAGGGUGUAGCCCUAUUUAUGUGGUUAAUCGGGAUCGAGAGGAGGUGGGUGCGCUGGUGGAAGACGUCGCCAAGGAGUAUCGCACCCUUGAGAUGGUCCAUGUGGAGCGUGCAGAGGAGGUUACUGAUCUGUCAGUGCCGUUUUAUAUCGUGGGAACUGUUCCGGAUGCUGCGCCUAGUACCCCGGCAGAGGUGGAAGUGCAUCGGAUCGUGGAUACCUUUCUCUCCAAUCCCACCAAAGGUGUCCUCCUGGAUAUGUGCUUCAAGCCAAGAAAGACGCGCUUCCUCCAGGCAGCCCAGAACCACGGCUGGACGACAGUAGAAGGCACCGAGGUGAUCGGCCACCAGAUGCUGGAGCAGUAUCGCCUCUGGUGCGGGGAAGAAGCCAGCCGGAAGAUUCCCGUGGAGGGGGCCUGGUCCCUGCUGCGCCAGGGGGCCCAAGACAGUCCAGCCAUUAAUUUUUGA